AUGGCCCUUAGUCUCGCUCUCGCGCGCGACCACGACGCGGCCGCGCGCGUCGUCCUCGCGCUCGCGCCGUUCCGCGCGCUCGCGGCGCGCGCGCGGCGCGCCCUCGCGCUCGACGACGACCCGCGCGGCGUCACCGCGCUCGAGGCGACGCUCGCGCGCGUCGCGCUGGUGCUCCCGGCGCUGUACCCUCGCGUCGUCGUCCCGACGGCUUUCGCGAUCCUCGGCGGCGUCGCCGCGUCGUCGCCGCGCGUCGGCGGAAACGGCGGGGAUCGAACCGGCGGCGCGGACGCCGACGCCGACGCGCGCGCCGCCGCCGCGGCCGCGCGCGAGCGCGUCUCCGCGUCCGCCGCGCGCGCGUUCCUUGAGCGCGUCGCGCGCGUCGCGGAGCGAGCGAACGCGGCGUUGGCGUGGCACGACCCCGCGGCGACGCGCGCGCUCGUCGUCGUCGCCGUCGCCGUCGCCGUCGCGUCUCUCCUGCUGCCGACGCGCGUCGUCCUCGCGCUGACGCUGCUGUGGCUCACGACGCCGCGCGGCGUAGGGUUAGGGUUAGGAUUAGGGUUAGGAUUAGGGUUAGGGUUCGGCGGGGGGACGUCAGGGUGGGGCUCGGGGCGCGACAAGAGCGCGGCGUUCGCGCGCUUGACGCGCGCGCAUUCGGCGGCGCGCGAACGCGCUGAUGUCGCGAGAUAG